AUGAAAGAAGAAUUCGUUCCUUUUCCGCUGAACUCGUGUCAUUACGUCUUCUGUCUGACGUAUCAAUCUAAACUCCUGGUAAUGGAAAAUUUCAAAUUUUCUGCUGUUAUAAAUGACAAGAAAAUUUCUCGAGAAAAACUCUUUGAUGAGAAAAUAAAUUUGCAUCAAGGGGAAAAUAAUUUCACUGAGAAAGGUUCUGUUACCGUUGAUUGA